GCCUCACAGAAGUUACAUCAGUCAGUCCGCCAGAUUUCUCUUUGUUCUAAAUCAUGUGGAGCCUUUAUAGCGGUCAGAAAUAUCUUAUGUAUGGACACAUUGAAGGGUUUUCUAAUGGAAGCUUUAUUAACGGGUCCCGUCUGUGGAUUUUGUCUCACUAUAAUGUUAGUUGCACUGUGUCGCUUAAGAGCAUGGCAAAAAGCAUUAUUAUGCAUACACUUACAUGAUUUAAAAAAUUGUGAAGAUCCGGCAAUGGAUAGCAUAUGUAAACGACGUUCAUGUAAACUAUUCGAUAAAUCUUUCCUUGCUAUGGAUACCGCAACAGAAGUAGAAUCAGAUGCUGACGAGCUAAGCAAGAAUGCUGAACAGUAUAAAAACUUGACAAUAGCAACGCUUAAGCAUUUAAUGAAAAGAAACAAAAUUAGAGCCUGCUGCUUGCUUUUUAAAUUACUAAAAGCGAAACGCACAUCAAGAAGAAAGUAUAUGAAAAGACUUUACAAUAUCAAUCCAAAUUUUGCAAAAAAGAAACCAUUAAUAAUUACAUAA